AUGCAUUUUUUAUGCCUAUCUAGCAGUGAAUUAGAAGGAUCGUUAAAAAACAGCUCAUCCGACCAUCAUAUCAUCGAAACGGAGCCUCUGCCGUUAUUCGAUCGUUUGGAAUUCGCUUGUAUUGUGUGGUUCAUUUUUGAAUAUGCGUUGAAAAUGGUGAUAAGCUACGAUCGCCUGAUGACCUUUCUCAGACUGCUGAACAUCAUCGAUCUGCUUGCCAUUCUACCGUUCAUCAUUGAAAUUGCCCUCAGCCUGGUCGGAUUUAAUACGAAAAAUAUGAGAGAUCUCAAGGGUGCCUUCUUAGUGAUUCGAAUUUUACGUGUUCUACGGGUCAUUCGUGUAUUGAAACUUGGUCGUUAUAGCAGUGGCUUACAAAUGUUUGGACGUACGCUGAAGGCCAGCUUCCGGCAGUUGGGUAUGAUGGCAAUGGUCGUCCUCACCGGUGUCAUAUUUUUCAGUACACUUGUUUAUUUUAUUGAAAAAGAUGAAGAAGGCAGUCAGUUCUAUUCCAUCCCGGCCGCCUGUUGGUGGUACGUUUCAAAUUCUUUCAGGAGAGGAGCAUAA